AACCGCCCGACCCUUCCCCUCUACGCAACCAAAACGGAAGCUGUGACAGUGCCAACCGGGUGUACCUGAGCAUGUCUUCAGAUCAAACGCAAAAGAACGUUGAUAUCAACAGUCUCACUUCGGAGGAGCAGAAAUUGUACCGUCUAUACGGCAGACUGCCUCAACGGAAGGACUUUCUGGUUCAAAAACUCAAGCAAGGAAGAAAGUAUUUUGACUCAGGAGACUAUGCAUUAAGCAAGGCCGGCAAGGCCUCCGACACGGGAAUCACUAAUGUCGGAAAGGGAAUCCCUUCUCCUGAAACCAUUCCUCACCUAGCUCCGUCGGCGUCACCAAAGAAAGACGCCGCUGCUGCAUCUGCACAUCGUAAAAGACGCUCGGAUGCAUCAGCUAAAGAAGCAGCCGCGGGCUCUUUAGCUUUUGCUCCAUCGCCCACUCCAUCAUCAACAGUGUCUUCCGGCGAACAGACACCCACUCAACGCAAGAACGGUAACUAGGAAAGGCCUCUUGUCGUCUUUUGCGAUGCCUUGCAGCUUCUUUUGCUGCUGUAACGACGAUCGGCGUUUGGUCGUGUUCGAUGAUAAUGCUAGCGCCUGUAGCUGACCAUGCUCUAACGAAACUUCUGAAUGACGGCACAGUUUCUUUCUUCCUUUUUCUUUUUCUUCUUCUUCCUCUUUCGACAUGUUAGCCAGGAGACUGUUUUACGUAUUCGUUAUCAAUGUAACGGUAGAUUUUCUUAUAGAACAUAACACGGGGAGGGUUUGUUAGACCCAAAGCGAACAAGCGGGGGGUGGAGCGGGUAUGAAGAGGACUUUUUUGGGAAUUGG